AUGGUCAAGAGAGAGGAGGAGAAAUUCCCCCGCUCCGACACCGUUCAGGGUCCCGACAUCUCCAUCGAUGACGCGCUCGAAUCAGCGUGGCAGUUCCACUAUACCAGCGUCCUGCGCGCUCUCGGCGUAGAGGAUGCCGAGCACGGUCUCAACAAGCGCGACAUCGAAGCGCGACGCCAGCAGUAUGGUUCCAACCAGCUCGAAGGCGGCGAUGAGAUCAGCAUCUGGAAGAUCGCUCUUCACCAGAUCGCCAAUGCCAUGACUUUGGUCCUCAUCCUUGCCAUGGGCGUAUCCCUCGGCAUCGGCUCGUGGAUCGAAGGUGGCGUGCUCGCUGGUGUCGUCGCCAUCAACAUCAUCGUCGGAUUCUUCCAGGAGCUUUCGGCGGAGAAGACCAUGAACGCUCUCCGCAACCUCGCCUCGCCCACUGCACGUGUCAUCCGAAAUGGUGACGGAGAGACCAUCUCGGCCAACGAGGUCGUUCCCGGAGACAUCAUCGAGCUCACCACCGGCGACACCGUCCCCGCCGACUGCCGUCUUAUCGACUCGAUGAACUUUGAGACCGACGAGGCUCUCCUCACGGGCGAGUCGCUCCCCGUUGCAAAGGACCACACUCAGAUCUACUCGGCCGCCGAGGAGGUCGGCGUCGGCGACCGUCUCAACAUGGCUUUCACCUCUUCCACCGUCUCCAAGGGCCGCGCCACGGGUGUCGUCGUGGGUACGGGCAUGAACACCGAGAUCGGCAAGAUCGCCGACGCCCUCCGCGGAGCAGCCAAGGCACAGAAGAUCCGCGAUGUCAAGCGCAACGCCUACGGCAAGGCUGGACCCCACCGCUACGUGCAGGCCGGCGCUCUCACCGUCUGGGACAAGGUCAACAACUUCCUCGGCACCAACAAGGGCACUCCGCUUCAGCGACGUCUCUCGCAGCUCGCCGUCGGCCUCUUCUUCGUCGCGGUCCUCUUUGCCAUCAUCGUCUUCCUCUCGAACAACUGGACCGAUAACGAAGUCAUCAUCUACGCCGUUGCCACGGGCGUUUCCAUGAUUCCCGCCUCGCUCACCGCCGUCCUGACCAUCACAAUGGCCAUGGGCAGCAAGGCCAUGGUAAAGAAGAACGUCAUUGUCCGAAAGCUCGAGUCGCUCGAGGCUCUCGGAUCGAUCAACGACAUUUGCUCCGACAAGACCGGCACUCUCACCCAGGGCAAGAUGGUCGUCCGCAAGGCGUGGGUCCCCGCCUCGGGCACGUACAGCGUCUCGGAGACCAACGAGCCCUUUAACCCGACUCUGGGAGAGGUCAGUGUCAACAACGUCGAGCCCCGCAAUGUCAAGACGGCUCGCGACUCGAUCGAGGACUCUGGCGAGGUUGUUGCCCGCAACGGCCAAUCCGACAAGGUCGAGGGCAACGACCGCUUCGAAGACUUCAUGAACGUCGCUUCGCUUUGCAACCUGGCCACCGUAUUCAAGGACAAGGAGACCCACGCAUGGACUGCUCACGGUGACCCCACCGAGUGCGCCAUCCAGACGUUUGUCACGCGCUUCGCCUGGGGUCGUCUUCGCCUGACCAAGGGCAAGAACCCCGACAAGGAGGUCACCGAGAAGGACCGCGACGCCGCCAAGUGGACUCAAAUCGCCGAGUACCCCUUUGACAGCUCCGUCAAGCGCAUGGCCGUCACCUACGUCAACAACAAGACCCACCAGGGCUACGCUAUGAUGAAAGGCGCCGUCGAGCGUGUCCUCGAGUCCUGCGUCAAGGCACAGACCGACGAUGGUCUCGUCGACUUCAACGAAGACUUUGAGGCACGAGUCCUCGAGAACAUGGAGGCUCUCGCCAUCCAGGGACUCCGUGUGCUCGCCCUCGCUCACCGCGAGAUCUCCGACAAGGAGAAGGAACAGGGCGAGGAGCUUGAACGUGCCGAUGUCGAGUCCAACAUGAUCUUCCUCGGUCUGGUCGGUCUGUACGACCCUCCUCGUCCCGAGACCGCAGGCGCCGUGCGAAAGUGCAAGGAGGCCGGCAUCACCGUCCGCAUGCUGACUGGUGACCACCCCGGCACCGCCAAGGCCAUCGCCCUCGACGUCGGUAUCGUUCCCCGCAACACCACCAAAUUCUCCAAGGCCGAGCUCGACACCAUGGUCAUGACGGCCGCUCAGUUCGACAAGCUUUCUGAUGCCGAGAUCGACGCGAUGCCGCAGCUUCCUCUCGUCAUUGCCCGCUGCGCGCCUCAGACCAAGGUCAGGAUGAUCGAGGCUCUGCACCGCCGCGGCAAGUUCUGCGCCAUGACCGGUGACGGUGUCAACGACUCGCCCUCGCUCAAGAUGUCGGACGUCGGCAUUGCCAUGGGCAUGAACGGAUCGGAUGUGGCCAAGGAUGCUUCGGACAUUGUGCUUACGGACGACAACUUUGCCUCGAUCGGGAACGCCAUCGAGGAGGGCCGCCGCAUGGCCGACAACAUCACCAAGUUUGUCUGCCACCUGCUUGCUCAGAACGUCGCUCAGGCUUCGGUCCUGCUGAUCGGUCUGGCCUUCAAGGAUGACACUGGCCUCUCGGUCUUCCCUCUGUCUCCUGUCGAGAUUCUGUACGUCAUCAUGGUCACUUCCGGUUUCCCUGCCAUGGGUCUUGGCAUGGAGAAGGCAUCGUCGGACAUCAUGAAGAGGAAGCCGCGCUCGAACAAGUGGGGCAUCUUUACGCCCGAGAUGCUCAUCGACCUUACCGUGUACGGCUUCUGGAUGUCGGCGCUCUGCUUGGCCACCUUUACGCUCAUCACGUUCAACUGGGGCGACGGCAACCUGGGCAACAACUGCAACUCGGACUACAACGACUCGUGCGAGCUCGUCUUCCGUGCGCGUGCCGCGACCUUUGCCGUCAUCACCUGGUUCUCGCUCAUUCUGGCCUGGGAGAUGGUCGACAUGCGCCGCAGCUUCUUCAACAUGCGCGACGACGGACGCUGGUACAACCAGUGGUUCCGCGACACGUGGAGGAACAAGUUCCUCUUCAUCUGCAUCGUCGGCGGCUUCUUCAGCGUCUUCCCCAUUCUCUACAUUCCCGGCCUCAACCGCGUCGUCUUCCUGCACGAAGGCAUCAGCUGGGAAUGGGGUGUCAUCAUCGUCUGCACCGUUCUCUUCGUCGGCGGUAUCGAGGCUUGGAAGUGGGGCAAGCGCGUCUACUACCGUCGCACCGAGGUUGACACUGCCAAGCUCGUCGACGAAGAGGCGGGUGUCGCGGAAGAACACGACCGCACGCCCGUCGACGGCGAGAAGAAGCAGCACAGCAACGAGCACAGCAGGAAGAUGGUCUCGGCCCCCACCACGUCGUCCGAGACGACCGCCGUGCACCAGAUGGCCUAA